AACACUUCUCCUGCCCUUUCUUUCCAACAUUCCAAAGCUCGAGUUGAACAGCUUUCCCCAAAACUGAGGCGAAAGGCAAAGGGCUUUUGGAUGCUGCAAGUACCUGGUUUUCUGCAAGAAGAGCUGGCCACAAGAAGUUGGACCAAUCUCGAAUUUGUUCGCAGGUUAUCUCUGUUGGAGAUCGUGUUGGUGGUGGAUGUUUUAUCGAAGAUAAAUUGAAGCAAGAAAUUAUUCUAGGGUUUCCUCACCAUGAAGGCGAUGGAGACCUUGCAGGAUCUGAUCGAGGAAGUUAAGCUUCGAACUGUAUGGUGGACAGUCGUCGUUUUUGCCGUUUCCUACUUCUUGUCCCAUACUAGUAAAUCGAUGUUGAUGAAUGUUCCCAUAUCUAUUCUGUUGGUUUGUGCAUUACGGAUUAUUACUCGUGAGGUGGAGAUCCGCUGGCGGGUUCCACCAGUUCGUCGGCAGACAUAUCUAUCUCACUUGGCAAACAAGCAAUUGUCUGUGGAUGAUCCUCGCCUUUCUAAUUUGCUAGCCCCAUCAAAAUGGAAGAGAAAAAUUGAUUCUCCAGUAGUGGAAGCUGCCAUUGACAACUUCAUCCGCAAGAUUUUGCAGGAAUUUGUUGCAGACUUGUGGUAUUCUGCCAUCACUCCUGACAGAGAGGUCCCUGAGCAGAUACGCCUUUUAAUUAUUGAUGUUAUUGGUGAAAUAUCAAGGAGGCUGAAAGAGAUUAACCUUGUCGACUUGCUAACAAGGGAAAUGGUUGACUUGAUAGGGGACCACAUAGACCUUUACAGAAGAAACCAGUCUGCUAUUGGUGUGGAUGUCAUGGUAACACUAUCUUCUGAAGAAAGAGAUGAAAGGCUGAAACAUCAUCUUAUGGCUACUAAGGAGCUCCACCCAGCGCUGGUAUCUCCCGAGUGUGAGUACAAGGUUCUUCAGCGUCUUAUGGGAGGUGUCUUGGCUGCGGUAUUAAGACCUCGAGAUGCUCAGUGUCCGCUUGUCCGCUGUAUUGCUAGAGAGCUUUUAACUUGCUUGGUUAUGCAACCCAUCAUGAGUUUUGCAAGCCCAGGGUACAUAAAUGUGUUAAUCGAGUACCUCUUCCUCGUUGCCAAAGGGGAUGCCAGUAAAGGCGAUGAUCGGUCAACUGUUGCAACUGGUCAUCACCAUGAUAAUUCUGGUGCAGUAGGAGGUAUACAAAGUGGUGAACCUACUACAUCAGGAAAAAAUGCUACCACUUCUAAUAAAAAAAGUGACUUGGUAUUGGCAAAAUCCAGCAAUCAGGGAAUGGCGCCGUUGGGUACAUCUGGGCACAGCCAGAAUCUCACAUAUGAUGAAGGUACUGCACAGCAACAGGCUGCUGAUUGGGCAAGGAUGAUAGAGGCUGCAACACAAAGAAGAACGGAAGUUCUUGCUCCAGAAAAUCUUGAGGACAUGUGGACUAAAGGAAGAAACCAUAAAAAAAAAGCUGAAAAGUAUGCUAAAGCAGGAAUUCGUCCGACAACCGUAACGAGUAGUUCACGAUCCAGUGGAACCAUGUCUGUGAAAAAUUCCAAGGAAAUAUUACCCAAAGGACCUGUAGGUUCUACUGGAAUGGGUGAUAAAUCUGUGGUUAGGUUAACUGAUGGAGCAAAUGUUGAUACUCCGUCAAGUGAUAGGAUAGACAAUGAAACGCGAUUGCCAGCAGAUCCGAACAAGGGACUGUUGUUUGGGUCGAAAGAUAGAACUAUAACUCAUUUCAAUGGCAGUAAAACUCAGCUCAAGAGAUCAAGUAGUACUUCUGAUUUGCAAGCUCAACCUGAUUGUGAGAAAACAAUUGCAGGUGGGUUGAUCAUUUCUGAGGAAUUCUACAGCCCAAAUUUAGGAUUGCAUAAAGAAGAACAUAACGUUCUCAGUACUUCUGAUAUAAUGAUCUGGAAAGAAGGACGUCUGCAUGCCCCCAAGCUGAGGUGUCGGGUUGUGGGAGCAUUCUUCGAAAAGAUUGGGUCAAAAUCUUUUGCAGUUUAUUCAAUUGCUGUGACAGAUGCAGAGAAAAGAACUUGGUUUGUCAAAAGAAGAUAUAGUAACUUUGAGCGGCUCCACCGAUACCUGAAGGAUAUACCCAAUUACAAUUUACAUUUGCCUCCCAAAAGGUUUCUUUCCUCAAGUACUGAUGAUUCUUUCGUUCAUCAACGCUGCAUUCAGCUUGACAAAUAUUUGCAAGAUCUUUUGUCCAUUGCGAAUGUUGCUGAACAGCAUGAGGUGUGGGAUUUCUUGAGUGUUUCGUCGAAGAAUUACUCGUUUGGAAAAUCGCCUUCAGUAAUGAAAGCACUAGCGGUUAAUGUGGAUGAUGCCAUGGAUGAUAUUGUGCGCCAGUUCAAAGGGGUUUCAGAUGGUUUAAUACGCAAGGUCUCUGGUCCAUUGUCAUCAUCACUAAUAGAAACAUUUCCUUCCACGUCAGGCAAGAAUUUUUCCUGGAAUGCAGAGGACUUGAACAAACAUUUUUCAAGUAGAACUGAUACAAGCUAUGAUAACAUGGACACAUCAAAUUACUUAUCUGAUCAUGAGGAAGGUAUCAAAGAUGGAGACAGUGGCCAUGAGGAAAUAGGUUCUGGUGCAAAAGCUAAUGGAUGGCAUUCAGACAAUGAAUUGAACUCAAAAGAUUUUCCACCUCGGUUCUUCAAAUGUGGUGAAGAGUCUAGAAGCUUAGAUUCUGAUAGAAGACAUAAUAUUGUGUUAAAACCUGAAAAGAUUGGACCAGAUGGAUAUCCUGUUGCCAGUGUCCCUAAAACUUCUGAUAUUGUGGAUGACUCUAUUGGAGCGCCUCCUGAGUGGACACCAUCCAAUGUUAGUGUUCCUCUUUUGAAUUUAGUUGAUAAGCUAUUUCAACUUAACAGAAGAGGUUGGCUAAGAAGGCAAGUUUUCUGGAUUUCGAAGCAAAUUUUACAGCUGGUAAUGGAAGAUGCUAUUGAUGACUGGCUCUUGAUGCAAAUCCAGUGGCUUCGGAGAGAUGACAUUAUUGCUCAAGGGAUCCGUUGGGUUCAAGAUGUUCUCUGGCCUAAUGGUACAUUCUUUUUGAAAUUGGGUGAUAUUCAAGGUGAUGUAGGUGACUCUCAUUUCAGCCAGAAACCAGCACAAACUGAAAACAGCUUAACUGGCAAUAGGAUCUCUAGACCAGGGUCCUUCGAGUCACAGCUAGAAGCAGCUCGUAGAGCCAGUGAUGUCAAAAAAAUGAUCCUUGGGGGAGCUCCUACUGCCUUAGUUAGCUUGAUUGGGCAUAAACAGUACAACCGUUGUGCAAGAGACAUUUAUUAUUUCCUUCAGUCAACUAUCUGUAUCAAGCAACUUACGUAUGGAAUGUUGGAACUGAUACUAGUAACAGUCUUCCCUGAGUUGCAUGAUCUUAUUGUGGAUGUACACGAGAAAAUGCAAGUUCAACCAGCAUAGGAAUCUUGGUCAUCCAUUUCCAACCCCACUCCCCUUCAGAGAAUAGAUAUUUCCUCUCUACCUAAUGGUUGGAAGGCUUCAGAGUGACAAUGUCUGUUCUAGUUUGCCUCUAUCCCAUUCUUUGUUUGCAAGGUGCUAUCAUGUUUGGCCAAUUUGUCUAUAAGAUUCUUGUAAUUGCCUUUUAAAUAACCAGGAAAGGACACAGAGAGGAACACAGUUUUCUUAUUUGACAUGUGAAAUUCUUUUUGGGGUGUCGGAGAGCCAUAUAUCUCUAUCCCAUCCUAGCUGUACAGAUUGUACAUUUCGAGUGUAUAGAAAACCAAUGGUGAGGGCUUUCCCACAAACAUCAGUGACAUUAAUCAGUAAAGAUUUGUAUCUUGGGAAGUGCUCAAUUUCUUGGGUUUUCCAUCUGUAAUUCUUGUAUAAGAUUUUAGCUAAUUUUCAU